AUGGCAACGAGGGCGGCUCAGAACGCAGCGGCGAACGAUGAGCUGGUUUCAGCUCUGCACGAGAGGCUGGUGCAGACGGGAGAGUGGGACAGGGUGUUGGAAGCACUAAGGCGCGGACUGGAGGAGAGCGGCUGGGAUGCUUCACUACGAGAAAAGGCGUUUGAGCAAGCAAAAGCUCAGACGAGACCAAUAAGCUUACUCGACCUCGUCGAGAUCUUGGAAAUAGAGGCGCACACUUCCAUACCGCCAGCAGUCAGAUCAGAAGUGACGAGCAUGCUUCGGGACUUCAUCUCUAGGAAUGUGGAGGACGCAUGA